UCCCAUCCUGCCUGUCCCGUCUGGUCCACUCCCGGCAGCUCCUGGUCUGUCAGUCAGUCCCCUCGGGCCUACCUCGGCCACAUCAUGAGCUCCACGCAGUUCAACAAGGGCCCAUCCUACGGCCUGUCGGCCGAGGUUAAGAACCGGCUCCAGUCCAAGUAUGACCCACAGAUGGAAGGCGAGCUGAGGGGCUGGAUCGAAGGUCUCACGGAACUCAGCAUAGGGCCAGACUUCCAGAAGGGACUCAAAGAUGGCAUCAUCCUUUGCACUCUCAUGAACAAACUGCAGCCUGGCUCUAUCCCCAAGAUUAAUCGAUCACAACAGAACUGGCAUCAGCUGGAGAAUCUCUCCAAUUUCAUCAAGGCCAUGGUCAACUAUGGCAUGAACCCUGUGGAUCUCUUCGAAGCCAAUGACCUUUUUGAAAGUGGGAAUAUGACCCAAGUUCAAGUGUCACUUCUGGCACUGGCUGGCAAGGCCAAAACAAAAGGCCUACAGAGUGGUGUGGACAUUGGGGUCAAGUACUCAGAGAAGCAAGAGCGAAACUUCGAUGAUGCCAAAUUGAAGGCUGGGCAGUGUGUUAUUGGCCUUCAGAUGGGCACCAACAAAUGUGCCAGCCAGUCCGGCAUGACAGCCUAUGGUACCCGGAGACACCUGUAUGACCCCAAGAACCAGAUUCUGGCCCCUAUGGACCACUCGACGAUCAGCCUGCAGAUGGGGACCAACAAGUGUGCCAGUCAGGUGGGCAUGACAGCACCAGGCACCAGGCGGCAUAUCUAUGAUACCAAGAUGGGCACAGACAAGUGCGACAACACCUCCAUGUCUCUGCAGAUGGGUUAUACCCAGGGGGCCAACCAAAGUGGGCAGGUGUUUGGGCUGGGGCGACAGAUUUAUGACCCCAAAUACUGUCCCCAAGGCCCCACUGGAGAUGGGCCAGGGGUGGGUCCUGGAGACAGCCCUAGCUCUGUGGAGCCCCCCGAGUACCACUAUUACCGGGAAGAGGAAGGGUACUGAGACCUGGGGCCCAUCUUCCUCUCCUCCCCUUUAUCCUUCCCCCCCCUUUUUUAUCAUCAACCCCUUGUACUCUCUGAUUUUUGUCUUAUGUGGGGAGAGUUUUGUUCCUGUCUGAGCUCUCUCUUACUCACCUUGUGCCUCGGGCCAGUCUCUUUCCAUCUCUGGGCCUCAAUUUCCCUGUUUGUCAGACGAGGGGGCCAGGGCUGGCUGAUCUAAGUCUCCCCUGUAGCACUGAUGUUAUAUGGUUCUCUGUGUUUGAGCAUCUCAUUUCCUGAGCAGAAGAGGUUGAAGAGAAUUAAGUCUCAGGCCUAGAAACCAGGGAGGAUGGGGAACGAGUCAUCCCUAGCCCUCCAUCCUUCUCUUCAGCUCGGGGCUUCUUCAUAGGGGUAUGUAUAUGUGUGUAUGGGAUCAGGGGAAUUGUGAAGGAUGAAUCCUUAUCAUCCCCUCCCAUCCGUAAUACCCUUGCCCUGGACCAGGCCUCCCCUCUUUUCCUGACCUCUAGGUUGGGCCUAAGCCCCAGAGAGGAAGGUUUGGGGGGGGCAAGAGGAAGACAAGGGCCACCGAAAUGGUUUCCUGUCAACGGUGAGCUUCUCUCUUCCUGCUUAUGAGGUUGGCUGGUGGUUUCCUCACCUCUUACCAAAGAAGUUGAAAAAUAAUGUUCUUUUAAGGAGGGGGAGGGAGAGAAAGGGCAAGUGUAGCAGCUUCCUUUCUCCUCCACUGUGGCUUUUUUUCCAGAGGAGCAGGAGGAGCCCCUUCCAGGUGAGCUCCAGCCUCUCCAUCUGCCUGAAACUUCCUUGGCACAGUAAGGGACCAGAGUCUGGUUUUGUUUUAACUUAAUGCUAAAAGAAAGACUCCCAACAAAAGAAGCUACUUUGUAUUUCUAAAAGGGGCAGCCAGCAGUUGUGACCCUCUCUGUCUGAGUCCCAUCAGAGCCCAGGGACCGAGUCUCCUGGGCCCCUCCACCUUCCCCAGCCCACCUUCUUCAGACUGGAUUCAGCUGCCUUCCUUCUUGAACACUGCACAGUGGCCCUCCAGGCUGGGCCAGGAGGCUGGCUUUCCUGGGGGAGCCACCCCAUCAGCCCCUGGGGCCUGGGAGAAGAACCUGGAAAUAAUGUGAAAUGGUGAUGUGGGAACACAGGCAAUAAACACAUUCUUUGUUUAAGA